AUGAGUCGAAGACAGCUAACAGCGAGACUGGACGCCGCGGGGCGCAGGGGCUGCCUCAAGAGCGACCUGAGAAAGCGGGCUGCCGCGGCGAGGAAGGCAACGGCGCCAGCUGACUCGCCCCCGUCUUCACCGCCGUCGCUCCCCGCGCUGCCUCCACAUCUUGCCCGAGCCGCCGCUGCCUCCUUCUCCGGCGUAGAGACACUCCCGGACGAGCGCCGCCGCCGCAUCCUCACCAGCCGGACGUCGUCGCGCCGCCUCCUUGUCAUCCCCGAGCCGUACGUCGUCGUCGCGCCGCCGUGCUGCCUUCGAGCUUCUCCGGCGCUGCCUCCUCGCCCUCGUUGCCCCCGUGGCUGCCUCCUCGCCCUCGUCAGAGCGCCCCUGCGGCCGCCUCCUUGCCCUCGUCAGAGCGCCCCCGGCCGUCUCCUCCCCGGCCAGAGAACGCCCGCGCCGCCGUCGUCGAGGAUUGGAGAUGUUGACCGGUGCGCGGUGUAUGUGUCACUGGCACCUGGCAUGGAAAAUCCUACGAGGAUGGACCUGCCAGAGGGCGACGCUACUCACAUUUUGACAUUGGUAAAAUGCCAUAUUUCUGUUAGUGCGGCGUCCGACGUUGAUACCGACAACGUCGCUGGCCAGAGGACGGCUGAGCCGGCGGCUGUCGUCGAGGACGCAGCGCAGCAGGCCGCCCAGGAGCAGCCCGAAGAGCAGCCCGCGGUGGUGACCGCGGCUGAGAGUGCCGAGGAGCACCCGGCUCCGGCAAGGACCGGAGCGAGCACCCCUAUAAGGGGUGAUGAGACUGUGAGGACACCUCCUCCGAGCAGUGUCGCGGAGGAGGAAAACAGAGCUCCGACUACCCCAUCUUCUGAAGGAAGGACGGACCCGACUCCACCCCGAGCAGAGGCCUCUUCACCAAUGGGCUCCCCUAGCCGAGAUCAGGGUCCAGUAAUACCUGUGACUGCGGCUGGGGGUAGCGCGGAGGGCGAAGAGCACCGGGCGGCCUCCAACGACGAAGUAGAAGAAAUCCAAGGCCGUCCCCAUGAUGGUCGCCAGCAUGUUUACGUGUGGCGCCAACGUGGGGACCAUUUUAUUGGUCAUGAAGAACUCACGGAGACGGAGGAAGCCGCGAGGGUGGAGCGCGCAGCUAAGCGGCACGUCGACGAGGUUAAGAUUGAGGGGAUCGUGGCUGAGAACAAGGCCCUGUCCGCGGAGGUACACCGUCUUCGGUCGGAGGCUGAGGAGAAGACGGCCGAGAUGGGUGCUCAGGAAGAGCGGCUGCUCGAUCUCAAUCGGCGAUUGGCCGACAAGGAUCGGGAAAGGAGAGACUUGGAGGAGGAGGUUGCGCGCCUCCGACAAGAAAAGGAGAAGCUCGACCAGGAGCGUGCCAGCGCGCUAGAGGCCGGGCGCCGAGCUGAUGAGGAGUUAAGAAACAAGAGUCAGGAGUUGACUGGUAAGAACCGUGUUACCCUCUUCUUUGAUUACUCAACAUUUCUUGUCUUGUGUGUGCACUGA